AAUGCCCUUGCUGAGGAAAUUAUAUUUACAUUCAAGUAAAUUUCUUUAUGGCACUGGGGAACAAGCAUUUCUAACAAUUUUGGUGGAAAUCCAUACACAGAUACAUUCUCUUCCAGGGGCGGUCUCCAGUCCUUUCUCAUGAGGGAGCAUACUCCUCUGCCUUAUUGCAGUGGCCUCAGGGAUAUGGAAUUAAGGCCCACCUGGUGUGAUGAAUAAACCCAGACUCUCAGCAACGCAGGAAAAAAACACUGGCUGGCAAUCUGGAGUAAAGCAUCCUCACAUAUCACGUGAACCAGGAAACUCUGUGCACAGACUGAGGAAAAAAAAAAAAAUACUGGGAGAGCUGGUAAAGUAUUUCCUUGGUGGUGGGGACUAAGGAAAAAGUGGCAGGGUGGUAAAGUAUUCCUUGGUUAAGACAUACCAAGGAGAGAAAUCGCAGGGGUGGUAAAGCAUUCCUUAGUCAGGACUAGGGAAAGAAAGCCAUGGGGAGAGGUAAAGUAUUCCUUAGUCAGGAUAUCUUGGAGGUUAAAAAGAGGUGAGAAAUCCCCAUUGAGGGGGUUAAACCUUAAAAAGAGGUAAGAAAUCCCCAUGGCGGGGGGUUGAACCUCAAAAAGAGGUGAGAAAUCUCCAUUGGGGGGUUGAACCUCAAAAAGAGGUGAGAAAUCCCCAUUGUGGGGGUUGAACCUCACACAAAUCUCUGGUAGUAAAUAUAUAUAUAUAUUCAAAACUCCCCUUUCCUCUCUUCUUGGGGAAAGAAAAAGGCUAAGCUCCAUUCCCACUGGUUGCUCCCCUAGGUGAAGGGGAAGGAGAGAGGGGAAAACAGCAGCAUAGGUGGCUGGCAGAGGCAAAGGAAAGACCAGCAGGGAGUAAAAAGAAACCAGGAAAGGAAGUCAGAGAGAAAGAGAACAAAAACAGCAAGCAGGGAGCCAGACAGGUGCACAAAGGGUUAAGUUCCUCUCCCCAGCCCAGCUCUAUGUGAAAAAGAGGGUGGGGAACGGAGCUGGAAGGAGAGCAGAGGAGGUGAAAGGGCAUAAUUCUUGCAAUUUGCAGCAGGCAUCUGCCAAGCCUCUGGGCCAGUGAUGGCCUGGGGCCUGGACUGCAGCCCCACAAAUCUCACCUAGCCAAGAAACUGAGUGUAGGAACAAAGGAGAAAAGUAAAAAGGGAAAUUGGGAAAAGAAAAAAAAACCAGAUGAAACAGAUGAAACAGACAGCAGUGCGUGUGUGGGGGCGGGGCUCAUGCCAUUGCCCGGCUCCACCUGCCGCAGGACCAGGAGAACUCAGGAGGGAAAAAGGAAACAAGGGAUGAUGGGGAGAGAGAGAGAAAAAGAAAGUGCAAAUGAGAGAGAGAGAAAUGGGGGGAAAGAAUAAGUAAGAGGGAAACUGGAAGAGACAGAAAUCAAAGAUACAGAGGGUGAAACUAGGAAAAGAAAUAGUGUAAAAGGAAGGCAGAAAGUUAAGACAUGUUGAAAUUGUGAAAGUCAUAAGAAAAGUUAUAAAAGGGAAUUUAUGCAAGAAAUAUUGUAUAAUUUAAAUGUAAUUAGGCCUAGUGAAUGUAAAACUAUUAAAACAACAGUUUAUGUACAAAGUAUGUAAGAAAAAUAAAAUAUGCUCUUAAUAAAAGGAUUAUAAGGAGGCAUAAGAAUAUGGAUUUUUACCUACAUUAAAAGGUUAAAAAAAUUUUGUUUUAAAGCUGUAAGCAAGUUUUAACAUGUUAAUUAUGAAGGAAAUUCUGUGUGUAAACAUUUUCGCUAAAGCUAAAGGGUUUAUCAUCCAGUUUUUCUGUGAACUGGACAUUAAAAUAAAAGCACAAUAGAUUUUUCUUAAAUCACUAACAUGCUCUUUCACAAAAAUUUUAACAUGUUAAAAAGAGGCUAUAAAAAUCUUACCUUAUAGUCAGACAUUAAAAUGGGAUGUCUACAAGAUUUUAUUAAAAUUAAGUUUAACAUUAAUAGCACAUUAAUAUAAAGGUAAAUUUUAUCUUAUAUGGUACAAAAUCAUACAAAAAACAUUGUCAAAUAUAAAAUGGUGUUUAGCUUUCUUAAGGCCCAAGGGCGGCUGGGUAAGUCACAAGCCCCUCAUCCCAAAGGCCACAAUGCGCAGGGGAGGUGAAGGCCACUAGAAGGCCAAGAUCUUAAGAGGGGGCAGGGCCACAGCAUCGCAUGAGUGGUGCUGAGCAGGAAUGGAGUGGGAGGCAUCACCAUGGGGCCUCAAGCCCCAGGAUAUGCAGCAAAAAUUAUGUACUUAAUUUAUCUUCCACUUUCCCUUCCCUGUGCUAAAAGUCUUUUAGCACAGGCACUACCCCUAGAAUUUCCAGUACACCAGCACAAGCCUGGAAACCACAUCCUUAUCAAAAGACAGAAAGAAAAAAACUCGCGCCAGCCUGGGAAGGACCCUAUUUUUUGCUGUUAACCACUGAGACUGCCGUCCGCACAGCCAAGAAAGGAUGGACCCACCAUACUCAAGUCAAGAAAACAUCUUCUUCGUCAGAAUCAUGCGUUACUGUACUAGGAUUAAGCCCUACUAAGUUAAAGUUAAAGAAAGCUUAAUUUUCAUAUACCUUCUAUAUUGCUUCCUUUCCUUUCCUUGUUCUGUUACUAGCUCCUUUGUAACUAAGUCUGACUCACCUCAGACCAUUGCCUUUAAUGCUUGCUCUAUCAUACUUUGUGGAAAUGUAAAAGAUCAAUGACUGCUAACCUUUUCACACAAUUAUUUAUGCCCCAGCCCUCUAAUUUACACAGUUACCCCUAGCACUCAUUGUUGUGAUCACCUGCAGCCAAGAUGCUGAUUUUCUGCUCCUAUAGCCUGGCAACCUUGUAGUAAAUGGGACUAUGUCCUUUAAACUACUGAGAAGCAAAGUUGGACUUCCAUGAAAAAGGUUUGUGCAGAUCUAAAACCCCUCAUCUAUUUCAUUAAAAGAACUGCCCCUUCUAAUUGUCAGCCUUAUCAAUGUAACCCUGUCCUUCUCUCUAUCACCACCUCCACCUUAACUAACUCUAGACCUGCCCUUAAUUGCUUCUAUGGUAUUGGAAUAGGAAUUAAAGGAAAUUAAAGAAUGUGUAAGCAGAAACUCAGUUGUAUGUAAGACAACCCAAUUGCCCCUGAGAAAGAGAAAGAGCUGGAGUCCUUUAAAAAUUAACUGCCUGUUUCUCUGUGGCUAGGGAGCCUUAUCUCUCUUCCUUUCCCAGGCAUUGUGAAGACCCUGUUUCUCUAGCUGUGCAGCUGCAGGUUCACUAGACAGAUAAACUCAAGUCGUAAAACAUGGUUUUCCUUGAAAAGUAAGAAAUGCUGUAAUGCACGUCUCAGUUAAUUAAAUAACUGUCCUUGUUUCUCACUCCUGUAAUAUGCUUCCCCCUUCACAGAUCUCCACCCACCCCACAAAAUGCUUAAAAGGUAACUUAACUGUUUGUUCAGGGCUCAGUCCUUUGGCUGUUAAUCCGACUGGGCCAGUGCACUUAAAUAAUAAAUAUCUUCCUGAACCCCAUUGGUCUCUGAUUCCUUAAAACAUCCCGUAACAUUUCUGGGGACUCGCCUGGGAUUGGAGACGACAGAUUUACUGUUCCCUUUGCCUUCAGAACUAGAGCCCUGGGACCAGGGGAGACCUGGCAUCUAAGACUUGCCACAGGGGAGCUUCACCUGGACAGAGACUGGCUCUCCUUGCAUCCCACUGGCCUGCCUGGCAGUGCAACGGAUUCGGGGACGGGGCUGCAGGACGAUACCAGCACUUCAGGAACUGUGGGCAAGGCCAAGCCCCUGACGCAUGCGCACCUCAGCAGGCCCAACCCAGAGCAAAGAGCGGGAAGCAGAAAGGCAAGAGAGGAGGUCUCUAAGUGGAUACACUGUUGCUGAGUCUAGACGCCAGAAGAACCUUCCAGGCUGCGACUCACAGUUCUAGCACUGCCUAGGAGAUCGUGGUGGCCCCAGCUUAGAAUCUGCAGAAGCACACAGCUCCAUCCAUACCACUCAGGGUAUGGAGCCUCUGGACCAGUCUAGCCAGGAUAUCACCAGCUUGCUCAGCCUUGGAGUCGACUACGAGAAGGAACUACAGGAUAUGAAUGCUGCGGUGCUGUCGCCUACUGAAGAGUUCAAAGAGGAGGAAGAGGAUGCACAGUCUGAGCCUGAGCAAGGCACAGCAGCAGCAGGAGAAGAGUCAAAGUUGGCAGGAGCCCAAGGUGGAGAAGAAAAAGAUGGCGGCGGCGGCGCAGGAGCUCCUGGCCUCCUAUGGAAAGAAAACCGCGAGGGCAGCAGCGGCAGCGAUGGCGACGAUGAGGACAGCGACCAGAGCGAGAAGGAACCCAGACAGCAGGAUUCGCCCCCACCGGGCGCUGUCGGGGGGCUGGAGCCUGGCAACGCGCAGGAGCCCAGCGUCCACGGCUUCACCCCCUUGCAGCUGCAGGAGCUGGAGCGCAUUUUCCAACGCAAGAAGUACCCCAGCGAGUUCCUGCGGAGGAGGCUGGCAAGAAGCAUGAAUGUGACUGAACUCGCAGUGCAGAUUUGGUUUGAGAAUAGAAGAGCCAAGUGGAGGAGACAUCAGAGGGCAUUAAUGGCGAGAAACAUGCCGCCCCUCAUGGUCGUGGGCCAGCCUGUCAUGAUUUGGUUUGAGAAUAGAAGAGCCAAGUGGAGGAGACAUCAGAGGGCAUUAAUGGCGAGAAACAUGCCGCCCCUCAUGGUCGUGGGCCAGCCUGUCAUGGUAACUGCAGUUGAGGCCAUAAUGGCACCCUUGUCCAUCAGCAGGAUGAGAGAUGGUUACUUCUGGGGCUACAGCCAUCCCAGCACCCUGUGUUUCUCCAUGUCACCCUUUCCUCCUCCGUCCUUGCCCCUUCCAACUGUGUUAUUUCCACCUAUGCCUCCCCCUGGCCGGGCCCAAUUUGGCCGGUUCCCUUUUGUUAUCGGGCAUUCUUUCACAUUCCCCAAUGUGUAAGGGAUACCCUCUGUGCCACUUUUUGCCAGAGUGUGUUUGAGCCAGAUUCGUAGUUUGCGUAGCACCCCAUCAAGAGUAGUUCAUCAAAUGUCUAUUAAAUGUUUUAAAGAAAAGUAGAUUAUUGACCCAUUUUUAGGGCACUUUAAAAAAUGUUUCUAUAAAUAUGUGGAGGGUAUGUACAUUUGUUUUGUGUGUCACAUGGGGUCAGUAAGUUCUGAAUAAAAAUUGUUAAGAAAUGCCGUUCAAACCGAA